UAUGUAAUCAAUGAUUGUAAUAUUUGACAUUUUACAAAUCAAUCCAAAAUAUACUAUUAUUUAUAUAUUAUUUAUAUUAAUUCGUCAUUUAAUUUAUCAUAUUAGCUAUAAAAAAAACAAAUGUUAUAUAAAAUAAAAUAUAUUAAAAUAAAAGUUUAAUGCUUAAAAAAAUGUUUGAAAGUGAUGAUUGGGAUUUCGAUCAGGAUUUCUUGAAUGAUGUAGAUGAUAAAAUAAAUAAGUAUUGUUCCCAAAAAGAUAAUCAAGAAAGUGAACCUAAAAGACGUAAAAUAGAUAUUGAUGAUGAUUCAAUUUCAUCAUCUAUUUGUAAUAUAGAUUGUUGGGAACAAAAUAUUAUUAACAAAACUACAUUGAAAUAUAAUGAAAAUAAAGAAUCAAGAAAGAAUUUAAUUCUUGGGGUAUUUAAUAAAAAUUUAUCACAAAAAAAUGUAUCGAAAAAUAUGUUAAAUGAUCCAAAAAGAUCAUAUGAUAACAUUUCAUCAAACAUCCGUAUCAAUCAAAUACAUACAUGGAAAAAUAAUCAAUUACCUAGAAAAGAUUUAGUACUUGGAAUACUUAAAAAUAAAAAUAUACAGGAUAAAAUUAUAGAAGAUAAUACCAAUUACAAAAAUUUGAUGUUACAAACAAAAAUUAAAGAUAAUAGUGAUAUUAAUGAAAAAUUAGAAAAUACAUCAUUAAAUAAGAAAAUAAAUUCUCAAAUCUCUAAAAGUAUAUUUGAAAAUACUUUAAAUAAUGAUAAUUUCAAACUAUGCAUGUUUGAACAUUCAAGAAAACAAUUACCAUGUAAUACAUUACAAAAACAGUUUACAAAUAAUAUUCAAUCCAAUAAUUCUAUAAAAAAUUUGCUUGCAUGUAAAACUCCACAAAAUAAAAAGAUGACACUGAUUAGAAAAUUUCCAGGACCAGCCGGUUUAUUACCAGAUGAUUUAGAUUCUAAUAUACCUUGUGUUUCAUAUUUAAAUAACUUAGAAGAAAAUGAAAUGUUAAAUAAAGAGACUAAUACAAAUAAUUUAUCUGAAUAUUGUUCUCAAAAUACAAAAAAUUUAUUUACAGAAGGUGCUUGGCAAUUAAUGUUAGAUGAUUUGCCACAAGAUUUUUUGAAAGAUCACAAUAUUGCCACUAUUAAAAAAAUAGCAAAUAUGAAUGGUUUCAAUAAUACAAAAAUUAAAUUUUUAGCAGGAAUAGUUGAACAUAUAGAUUAUAGUCAUGAUAAUCCUCCUAUUAUUUUAAAAGAUUUUACAGACAAUAUUCGAGGAAUCCUUCACAGAGACAUACCACUUAAAUAUCCUGGUUUAUUAGAAUCUAAUGUUGUUGUAUUAUUACACGAUGUAGGUCUUUUAAGAAUUUCUGGAACUUUUGUUUCUAAUAAAUAUCAAAUUCUAAUUUCACCUUCAAGUUUAUUAGCAAUUUAUACCAGUAAAGGUACAAUAGAACGUACACAAUAUAUGAAAACAAUUUUUGAAAAUAUUUUAGAUAAAAAGAUAAAGAUAGUAGAGAAAGAAAAAGCAGAUUCUAUUUCUACGAUAGAAUUAGAGCCACUAAAAAGUAAUAUUCAUUUAAUUCAAAAAAAAAUACAGAGCUAAUAAAUUUCAAAGAGAACGUAGAAAAUAAUAAUAAAACAGAUUCCAAUUUUUCUAUAAAUUUGAAUGAAA